UGUUUAACAUGCAGGGGUAUUAAGUUGAUCUAUCUCAGAGAAAUUCAUUCACGAGUAAACGGAUUUAGGCUGUGUCCCAAUAUCUAAUUCUUCUAACACUUGUCUACCGUAAGAUUACAUAUCACAGGGUUUCACACGGAACCCGAAUAAAGACUUUAGUAUCAGACACUCAGCACAGCAAAAUCCUUACCGAGGUAGACAUGAUUUAAUGUCUUGUACAGCAGGAGCGAGGUCUUACUCUUUAAUACCCACCACCAAGAAAACAACGUGUUUUGCCGCCUCAAAUCGCCUUAAAGAUCAAAGCGAGCUUGACUGACAGCCAUAAAUUUAAACUCUUUUUAUGUCUUCUUGAAAACAACAGGCACCCUUCGUAUGUCGAUGAGGAAGUUCCAAAAAUUUCAACAAACACCGAUUUUUUUCUGUUUUAUGUUCUUCACGCCGCAGGAGGAUGCUGUACCCGUCUGUCAGCCUCCCUGCUGCAGCGGAGAGUGUCGAAUAGACGUUACACGCGAUUGGGUCCAAGUGAUUGCGGAAGACGGAUUAUCAGUGAUUGGCACGUGAAGCCGGGUCAGGAUUUUUUUUACGCGCGCGUGUGUAUAAAUGUUUUUUUAUGAUUCUGCUGCUGACGUUUAGGACACAUGUUGUUGGCCAGAGUACGUGCUGUUUGGCUGUAAAAUGGAGAUAGAGAGAAGCACAUGGUCCUGUUAAUGGCCGACAACCUGGGGGCGUACGGCGGCCCAGUGACUAAGGUCGGGUGACAUGUGUUGGGUACAAGCCGCACAGUUCUUCCACUGGACAGUGCCGGGGUGACACACACCUACUCUGUGCAUCAGUAACAGGUACGCGGCGGUGGAUAUAAACAGAGUGCACCUUCCCUUCAUCGUCAAGACGUCAUCGAUGCUUACACUCUACCAAAGGCUUCAACAACCGAGUUCAGGUUUCCAGUUCCAAGUGAGAAAUCAUUACAUAAAGGUGUACAUUGAUAUCUUUGAAGAUGCAGUAGCUGCUAUUGUGUGCCAAUGAAAUACUAAAGUGAAGUUCAAUUGGAAUUAAGUAUUUGGAAUUGCUGGACAACGGUAUCAUUAUCGAAAAAUUGUUGUCAAUAAUUGCUGUUAACUUAAUAUUUUGGAAACAUUUUUUCUCUUGCCACUUGCAGUAGUUUGGACACGUGUUGGCUAUACGUACCACUAAGUGGUAUAGACACCUUCUCUGGGUUUUGAAAUGUGCGCCAGCGGAGAUGAAAGGAUUCGGAGAUAAUGUAUGGAUCAUCACAGUAACUAGACAGAACAAACGGCCAUCAGAAUGUAAACACAGUGUGACUGCUAUCCCUCAUACUCUCACAGCAUACAAAGCGAGAGACACAUAAUAAUCAUGACUUGAACUGUUAAUUAACGCAUUAGAGACAUAGAGGCUAUAGGGAAUACCGCUAACGAGCCCGGUCGGAUUGUUUGCCCCCGAUGUUCAUUGAAUACAUAUAAUUCGUUUCUGAUGUUCAAGAGAGAGAUCAGUGGUAGAUUGCUAUCACGUAUUUACGUAUCUUCGUGAACUACCAUCAACCUGUAAAUUGUGGCUUUUACAAAAAUGUGUUAAUGUAAGUUAAACAAAUAUCCAUCUGUGAUCUCUAAUUAUCAUGAAGACCAGUAACAGGGAGCGGUCAUUAUUGGCAAUCAAAACAAACAGAGUUAUUUCCGGUCAGUAAUUAAUUGAUGGUUCCGCUGCCAAACAGGUCAUAUGAAUACGAGAGAGGAACCUGCUUCGACGUCAACCUCGGAGCAGACGAUCACCACAACAUCUGUUGAGAUUUCAGAAGAGAAUCCUGGCGGGAAAACUUGCCGCUCUAAACGUGUCGUCUGCGUGAUAGAGAAAUUGAAUAUGAUAUUCCUGGUUUUCUUCAUCUGCUACCUGUCAUGGACAAUUCCUGCUAAUUAUGGAUUAUUUACGUCGAAUGAAUCGGGAGUGGACGUUAAUGGAACUAUGGGGAACGCCAAAGGCCAGAAUGAAGAGGCAAAUUCUACUGGAAGAAAACCAGAUGAUAGCUCAACAAACUUCACAGACUUUUAUUCCAGAACAGUGCAUCAAUUUAAUAAUCCACGCGUGGGGAAUCAAUAUCCAUUUAAACGGCGUCGAAAACAAAAGUUAAAAAAUGGAAGAAAGGAUGUUUUAAAUUCAAAUGCUUUAGAUACAGAACAUAAUUCAAUUUCAGUUACAGAUUCCAAAUCAGAGAAACAAAAAAAUAAAAGAAACAGAAAUAGGAAUAAAAAUACAAAAAGGAGAAAAUCAAGAAGAAAACAAAAGAAAAUCAACUUUGAUAAUGUGUUAGAACCAACCACUAUCAGGCAUAUCAUAGAAACAGUAGCAAAAGAAGAGCUUGCCAAGGGAGGCAACUGGAACACCCAUAAAGGUAAUGGAGCACCCCAGGUGACAUUAAGUGUAGGAAACAAUAAUGUUAUUGAUAAACCUCAACAUUCCAUAAGGAAAAACAGCAAAGGUGGAAAACGGAAGAUACCAGCAUCCGGCGGCAGGACUCGAGGUGAUGGCAGAUGGAACUGGUCAGAAUGGGGACCAUGCAGUACCACAUGCGGUGUCGGUCAGAAAGAAAGGAACCGGAAAUGUGGUAUGGCGUGUAAGGAAGUGGAGUCAAUGGUGUGUUUCAUGCCGUCUUGUGAGGGCAAUGGUAAUCAGGAAUCUGGCAAAAAACAUUUCAGCAGUUUCUAUCUGUGGGAAAACGACAAUUUUGUCCCGAAGCCGCCGGGAAAAGAUUACAUUGAUCCAGAGGUGGACAACUGCGGUACGUGGAUGGACUGCAACAGAGAGGUGAUCACCGAAUACUUUAAGAAGACGGACCUGCCAUCUUGCCCCUGUACCUAUCCUCUCCAUCUGUCCUACAACGAGAAGGUGUGGGACCAGCAGAAGAAACGUCAUUACCUGUGGCUGGACGCCAGUGGAGAGGGCGAGGCUAUGGCCACCUACAAACCUGCGGCCCAGCAUUGUAUCCGGUCUAAACUGAUUCCCGGUACAGAUACUCUGGCGGCACAGCACUGCUGUUAUGAUUCUGCGACCAGACUCAUCACCAGAGGUAAAAGCGCAGGAACACCAAAUCUCAUCAGUCCCGAGAUCUCACCAGAACUUCACCAAAAAGUAGAUAUUAGUCCAUGGAUCAUAUGUAAAGGAGACUGGACUCGAUACAACGAGAUCAUUCCCCCAAAUAACCUCCAGGAGUGUGAGGAUAAUCCGCGAAACAAGGAGUUUCUACGGGAGGUUAAACUGGCCAAAAACUUCUGAUCCUAUCAAAUGGAAAUGGAUUGAAAAGGAAAGGAUUUCUUCGGAUUGGUUCAUGAAAACUGAUUAUAACCAUAAUUAUUUGGAGAUCCAAAAACAGCUUAUCGGCUAAUCACGAAUAUGUCAGUAAACAAAAAGAUGUUUCCCAUAAUUAUCUAGAUGGGUAGGUCUCUAUCAGAGCUACCACGUAUGGAUGAAAUUAUGGUGUCAGUAGACAAAAACUAUGUUCCCCAUAUCUCGAUGGGUAGGUCUCCCAGAUCAGUGGAUAGACACGUUGACUUUGAAGACAAGUGGGGUGGUACAAUUUGAGGACAUCCUGUAAUUCAGUAUUCAAAGGAUAUAAGUAGUUUGAUAUACUACUCUUUUUCUUGUCAAUUCGACACAUUUUGUAACAUGAGAGAGACAGAGAAUGAACAGACGGGUAUGUUGCGGCUGCGCAAUAUUGUUGUAAAUAUUUUUCAAUGAUAACAAUGGCGAUUCAUUCCAUCAGAAAAUCUGUAUAUAUUGCUUAUGUAUCUUAUAACACUGUCAUACUACUGUUUAACAAAGGGAGAACACUCUUGUUGGGAGAAUCUCGUUGCAUCAACAUUCACCAGUAUUUAUUGAAUGCGUACGGCAAUGACAAUCAUUCUAUUAUGAAAAUAUACCUCAUAGUGAAAUCACUUCCAGGACACGCACACUUUGAUUAUGAACUUUUGCUCCAUAAAAGUAUUACUAAUUUGAUUUGUGAAAAUAUGGACUAUGAUAUACGGACCGAACAUAAGUCUCGAUUCACUUCUGCUUAAUUUUGGCACCCAAAUCAAAAGCGUUUUAUUCCAUGAUAUCUUCAAACUAAUCAAAUUCUCUAGCCAAUGGUGUUCAAAACGAUGAAAAGGAGAAUAUCGUAAUGAACGCCCUUGGCUAGCGAAGUUUUUUUUAACUAAAUCAUAUCAUAUCGCGAAAAUUUGCAUGUUAUUUCAGUUAUUUCCCUGUUUCAGCCUUUUCACCUGACUCUAAAUUAUUUUCUGUUUUAAUAUGUAUCCAUGUGUCAAAAUCUGUACAUUUUGUUUGUUGACGAAACUAGCACGUGUAGUAUAUAGUGUUGAAGUCGAACAGUAAGGUUCUAAGUUUCUAUCAUUAUUGUAUUUUCCAUGAAUCCGCUUCGUCCAAAACUUGGAUGUAGUAAUUAUCAGCUAUACAUGUAUAGUGAUUGUUAUAAACCUUUCAACGUUUCGCUCUUAAUAACUUUUUUAAAGAAAUGUUGGUCUUCAAGUCAUGAUCGCAAUUCGAAUAUCAUGUAGAGAUAAUCAUUCGAACACCUUUCUGUUCUGACAAUAUCGAUAUACAAAACAUUAAAAAAGCCUUAUAUCUAACUAACAAUUUUCAAGUCGAAUACAGAUUCGUCAAUAUUUAUUAAAUCUAUGACCGACAACGGACGCUCUUUUUUAGUACACGGUCAUGGAUUACCGCUCCCAUUUUGAAAAGAAAUCAAAACAAUCUAUUUUUCAUCUUUCACAAAAACUGUUAUAUUUUAGAUGUUGUUAGAAUUGUUAUAUAUAUAAAAAUGAUAAAAAAAAUGGCAGCCAAAUAAAAAGAUUAAAAUUAUUGCCAAAAGUCAAAAGCGUUGAUUUUCAUUCACAUGUAAUUUAACCAAACACAGGCCUGGAUUUAUUUUAUUGACAUGUAAUUUGAUGGAUGAGAUGGACAAAGGAUAUAAGAGAAUGGAACCUUUAAAUAUGAAUCAAGUAUUAGAAACUGGAAAUGACUUAUAAUGAAUAUAUAAUCGCAUCGCAUAUCUGCUUCAUCCUUCUAUGGCUCGUUAGUAAUGUUGUUGGCCAAAACGUGUGUGAACUCAGAAGAGACGUUAGGAAAAACAAAAAUCACGUGACUUUAGUAUAACACAUUGUUUACUACGGUUACAUUAUGACAGUUCAUCCUGCUCACAUAAAAUAUCAGCAAAGGAGAAUUUCACUGAUUCAAAACUUUAAUUAAUACUGCAUCUCCAAACGAAAAAAGACUUUUUUUCAACGUUUCAAUACCACUUACGUUACAUGGGGAAAGUGAAAUCUUGAUUGGCCAGCUGUUUAUUAACUGACUGAAGGGAAAUUCCAUAUACUUUAAUAGUAUUAUUUUCACGUAUUCAAAUUUUUGCGCCUAGCUGAAUUCAAAGAGAUAAGAAAAACGAUGAAUAAGAACACCUAAAUGCUUACCAUAGAAAACGAUGUAAA